AUGUCGACUGUUGGCCAAGUAAUCAAUUGUAAAGCAGCAAUUGCGUGGAGUGCAAAGGCUCCAUUAUCGAUUGAAACUAUUCAAGUUGCACCACCAAAGGCAAACGAGGUUAGAAUCAAGGUAAGUGAUUUUGGAUUGAAAAUUGAAGAAAAAAAAUUAGGGAAAUAUUUUGUUAAUCAACAAUUAUCCAACACUGGAAUUUGUUCUAUUGAAAAAUGUAAUCAUUGAACAUUUUUCAAUGAAAAAAACCACAUAAACUACAAAAAACACAUUGUAGACAUUUUGUUGUAUCAAAUGAGAACACCUUACAUCAAUAAAAUUGUUUCAGAUUCUUUACACUGCUGUUUGUCAUACUGAUGCUUAUACUUUGGAUGGACAUGAUCCAGAAGGUCUUUUCCCAGUUGUUCUUGGACACGAAGGUGCUGGAAUUGUUGAAAGUAUUGGAGAAGGUGUGACAGGUUUUGCAAUUGGAGAUCAUGUUGUUCCACUUUAUGUUCCUCAAUGUAAAUCUUGCGAAUAUUGCUUGAAUCCAAAAACCAAUCUUUGCCAAAAAAUUCGAAUUACUCAAGGAAACGGAUUCCUUCCGGAUGGAACAUCGAGAUUUUCGAAAGACGGAAAACAAUUGUUCCAUUUUAUGGGUUGUUCAACAUUUUCUGAAUAUACAGUUGUUGCUGAUAUUUCUUUGUGCAAAGUUAACCCGGUUGCUUCGUUGGAAAAAGUUUCACUUCUUGGAUGUGGAAUUUCAACUGGUUAUGGAGCAGUUUUGAAUACUUGUAAAGUUGAAGCUGGAAGUACUGUAGCUGUUUGGGGACUUGGAGCUGUUGGACUUGCUGUUAUUAUGGGAGCAAAAGCUGCUGGAGCAAAACAAAUUGUUGGAAUCGAUCUUUUGGAAACCAAAUUCGAAUCAGCCAAAUUUUUCGGAGCUACAGAAUGUGUUAAUCCAAAAUCGGUUAAAUUAGCCGAAGGUCAAAGUUUCCAAUCAUGGCUUGUCGAAAACUUCAACGGAGGUUUUGAUUACACUUUCGAAUGUAUUGGAAAUGUUCAUACAAUGAGACAAGCUUUGGAAGCAGCACAUAAAGGAUGGGGAGUUUCGUGUAUUAUUGGAGUUGCUGGAGCUGGACAAGAAAUUGCAACAAGACCAUUCCAAUUGGUUACUGGAAGAACUUGGAAAGGAACUGCUUUUGGAGGAUGGAAAAGUGUUGAUAGUGUUCCAAAACUUGUCGAAGAUUAUUUGAACAAAAAACUUUUGAUUGACGAGUUCAUCACUCAUCGCUAUCAUAUCGAUGAUAUCAAUACAGCAUUCGAUGUUCUUCACAAAGGAGAAAGGUAAGAUUUUCUGGUUUUCACAAAAUUCAAUACAACUCACAUUUUUUCAGUCUUCGUUCGGUUCUUUCUUUCGAAAAAUAA